CUUUUUCUUCCUCAGAUCUCUCGCCUCCGUUUAAAUAGUCUUCCUCUUCUCUCCACCUCACCACCUUAACCCUUUCACCUAUCAAGAGGGCAUCUCACUGUCGACAGUUUCUUCGUCUUGGGUUCGGGCAUAUUGGAGGUCUCAGAGACGACGAAAAGCACCGACAUCAUGUCUGCAAAGACGGCAGACGCUACCCAGCCUCGUGCUGGUGACAUCAAGAAGGUUCACAUUGCCGACACUGCCAUCACACGGGGCAACUGGCACAAGCAUGUCAACUGGCUGAACGUGUUCCUUAUCAUCGGAAUUCCCGUGUAUGGAUGUGUCCAGGCUUUCUGGGUGCCUCUGCAGCUGAAGACUGCCAUCUGGGCCGUCAUCUACUACUUCUUCACCGGACUGGGUAUCACGGCAGGAUACCAUCGUUUGUGGGCUCACUGCUCCUAUUCCGCUCGUCUUCCCCUUCGUAUCUGGCUCGCUGCUGUUGGCGGUGGUGCCGUGGAAGGUUCUAUCCGCUGGUGGGCUCGUGACCACCGCGCUCACCACCGUUAUACCGAUACCGACAAGGACCCCUACUCAGUCCGCAAGGGCCUGCUCUACUCCCACCUUGGCUGGAUGGUGAUGAAGCAGAACCCCAAGCGUAUUGGCCGUACCGAUAUCUCUGACCUGAACGAAGACCCCGUCGUUGUGUGGCAACACCGGAACUACCUCAAGGUCGUCUUCUCCAUGGGUCUGUUCGUGCCCAUGCUCGUGGCUGGCCUAGGCUGGGGUGACUGGUGGGGCGGCUUCGUCUAUGCUGGUAUCCUCCGUAUCUUCUUCGUCCAGCAGGCAACUUUCUGUGUCAACUCGUUGGCUCACUGGCUCGGUGACCAGCCAUUUGAUGACCGCAACUCUCCUCGUGAUCACGUCAUUACUGCCCUCGUCACCCUCGGUGAGGGAUACCACAAUUUCCACCACGAGUUCCCCUCCGACUACCGUAAUGCUAUUGAAUGGCACCAGUAUGAUCCCACCAAGUGGAGCAUCUGGAUCUGGAAGCAGCUUGGCCUCGCUUAUGAUCUCAAGCAAUUCCGUGCCAAUGAGAUCGAGAAGGGCCGUGUUCAGCAGCUCCAGAAGAAGAUCGAUCAGAAGCGUGCCAAGUUGGACUGGGGUGUCCCUCUCGACCAGCUUCCUGUCAUGGAGUGGGACGACUACGUCGAGCAGGCCAAGAAUGGCCGUGGUCUUGUUGCCAUUGCCGGUGUUGUUCACGAUGUGACUGACUUCAUCAAGGAUCACCCCGGUGGCAAGGCUAUGAUCAACUCGGGUAUCGGCAAGGAUGCCACCGCCAUGUUCAACGGAGGUGUUUACUAUCACUCCAACGCUGCGCACAACCUGCUGUCGACCAUGCGGGUUGGUGUCAUUCGUGGUGGCUGUGAAGUCGAGAUCUGGAAGCGCUCUCAGAAGGAGAGCACCGACUACGUCCGUGACAGCAGCGGCCAGCGGGUCAUCCGCGCUGGUGAACAGGUUACAAAGAUCCCCGAACCUAUUCCCACCGCCGAUGCAGCAUGA